UAUAGCCUCGAGAAAAUGUAAGUCGCUGUCUUUCUUCUCGAGUCACGUUAAUAAACGUGUAAUUAAUGAAGUACUCCACAUUAGUUCGAGUUAUAACAUCAAUUUGUCCUUUGAAUCGUCAUUUCUGUUCUUCACGGCGUCAACAGAGCAGCUCGAUAAUGGAGCUGGCAGACGUCGCCACCGCAGCACCGGCGACGGUAAAGAGCUCAGGGUCAGCGGAGAAAACCACAACGAAAGACGCAACAGAAACUGGCAAACGAAAAAGCGACGAGCCGGACCAACCCGAGACAAGUAGCCGAGGGAAAAGGCGGAGAGGAGCGGGAGGGAAGAAGCUCCGUCCGGGCGAGAGAUACGUCCCCCCUCCGCAGAAGCGGAACCCGGGGGUCAGCUUCAGCCAGGAGCAUUUCGACGAGACUUCACAUUACUUUGAAGGUGGUUUGCGCAAAGUGAGGCCGUACUACUUUGACUUCAAAACUUACUGCAAAGGUCGGUGGAUUGGGAAGAGUCUUCUGGAGGUGUUCAAGAGUGAGUUCAGAGCGGAGUCCAUCGAGUACUACCAGAGGGCUGCCAAAGAGGGUCGCAUCCGGCUGAACGAGUCACCUGUGGAGGACCUGUCUGUGGUGCUCAGGAAUAAUGACCUCAUGAAGAACACAGUGCACCGCCAUGAGCCCCCUGUGGUCGGCAGACCCCUGGAGAUUCUGGUGGAUGAUGGCGAAGUGCUUGUGGUCGACAAGCCCGCCUCCAUUCCAGUCCACCCCUGUGGCCGCUUCCGCCACAACACAGUGAUUUUCAUCCUUGGAAAAGAGCUGGGCAUCUCUGAGCUCCACACGGUCCACAGACUGGACAGGCUCACCUCAGGAGUGCUGCUCUUUGCCAGGACACUGGAGACGUCAAAGAGACUGGACCAGUUGGUGAGAGACAGGCAGGUUGAAAAAGAAUAUGUGUGCCGAGUGGAGGGGGAGUUUCCUGAGGGCGAGCUGAUCUGCGAGGAGCCCAUCCUGGUCGUUUCCUUCAAAAUCGGCCUCUGUCGAGUUGACCCAAAGGGAAAGGAGUGCAGAACUGUCUUCCAGAGGCUCAGCUUUAACGGGAAAAACAGCGUGGUCCGCUGUUUGCCCCUGACUGGCCGCACACACCAAAUCAGGGUCCACCUCCAGUUCCUGGGCUUCCCCAUCCUCAAUGAUCCUAUCUAUGGGUCCUCAGCCUGGGGUCCUCACAGGGGGAAGGGGGGACUGGUGGAAAAGAGUAAUGAGGAGCUGCUGAAGGCUCUGGUAGAGGAACAUCGCUCUCAGGAAAGCCUUCACCUGUUGGAUAUUCCAGAUGAUGUUGGGAUUGAACAAGUGGCAGAGAAAAGCAGAACAUCUGAGAAAGGAGAUAAAUUAGAUGGUACCUCUGAGCCGAACACGAGCGGAGACAGUCAUCAGGCACAGAUCGAUACACAGGUGCCUACAGGUUGUAGCUCAAGCAGUGAGACGGUGAGUAAAGUCAAUCAGGCCUGCACUGAUAUAAACACUAAUGACGCCUCGCUGAAAUCUCCAACCAAAUCAAACGGAAACCAAACGGAAGACUCAACUCCCAUAACUGCUUUAGGGACCAGUGACCACCUGUGCAGUGAAUGUAAGCUAACACGACCAGAUCCUACAGAGAAGGAACUCGUCAUGUAUCUGCACGCGUUGCGCUACAAAGGACCUGGGUUUGAAUAUGCCACACGUUUACCCGACUGGGCCAAAGAGGACUGGGUGGAAGCUGAUUAGGACACUGGUGAUGACAUUUAGGUUACUGCCUUCAUUUAUGCUUUGCAGACAUUUAAAAGUAUGAGCAGAAAUCCUUUAAGAGGUUUGGCUCUGAGGCAGUUUGGAUUUUGCUGUGAUGCAUUUUUAUUGACAAUUCUGUAAUGAACUGAUAUAAGAUGCCUCAGAUUUUGUUAAAGCAUAAUGCUGUUUCCUCCAGAAUAUGUUUACCUGUGGAUUCAAGAUGUUUAAGCCCUAAACACAAAUAGAAAAUGGAGUAGUGUUCAUUGUCAUUUUACUUUGCGGGCUGUUUCAACAUCAAGGAUUUAAUUUUAAUUUAAUAUCAUCACAUUUAAGCCUGUAAUCCAUCUGGUACACUUACCAAGAUUUGAAAUAAAAGCCAAAAGUCUGCAGGAAAAUAAAUGUUUUAUUUCAGUU